AGCCAAUUAGCCCUUCUUCUUCUUCUGCAGCUGCAGUUCAGUUCACAUUUGUUAAUGCCGCUAAAUUUUUCCUUGAUGUAUUUGAUAAGAAUUGCUGAGCUCGCAAAAAAUAUAAAAUAAUCAACGAAAUGAAUAAAUUAGAGGACGAUACUAUCCCCAGCAGUUGCAACUUCCUGAAAGAUCCACUAUCUAUUGGGGAUCUCAUAGGACCUGGUACAACUUUUGAGAUAAACACGAAUUUCGAUGAAGGUUUCAGCAAUGAUAUAUUUGAUGAAUUAAAUUUGGGUUCCGACGAGGAAGACGAUGACAAGACAGCCACAGAUCGCUCAGCCUUGGUAUCACCAUGGACAAAACCUUUCGACGAGUUACGACUGCAGAUGGUAAAGAUAAAUGAACACAUUUAUAAAAAAAUCACGCAGCCCGGGUUGACUGAAUACGGUGAAGUUCCGUUAAAUGCGCGCGUAUGUAUACGCUACAAUGCUUAUUGGGAGGGAGAGGGUGCACCUUUUGAUUCGUCCUUUCUACGUGGCUCGUCGUAUCACUUCUAUACCGGACGAAAUGAAGUGAUUGAAGGCUUGGAGGCGGCGGUACGAACAAUGUAUCGUGGGGAACAAGCACAAUUCGUGAUUUCAUAUCAGUUAUUGUUUCGCGAAAUAGGAUGUCCACCACGCGUUAAACCACGUGCUGAUGGGCUUUUUAUAAUCGAAUUGGUUUCAUUCAAUCCUGUGGGAGAUUUGGAUGCCGACCAAAAGUUGACGGAUGAAGAACGUGGCAAAUAUGCAACAGUAAUCGAUAAAAUACGAGAUGUGCAUCUUAAAGGAUUAGAUUUCUUUGGACAAGGAUUACAUAAGAAUGCUUGUCGAGCUUUUGAAAAGGCUGUAAGCAUGUUGAACAGUUGCCACUUGGCCAAUGAACAAGAACAGCGCGAGCAAACAGUAUUUCUGCUAAAACUAUAUACGAAUUUAGCAGUAUGCUAUAAUAAGGUCAACUUGCCCGCAAAGGCUUGCAUUAUGUGCAAAGAAAUACGCCAGCUGACAGACAAUAAACCCUCUUGUAAAGCGUUGUUUCAGGAGGGACGCGCGCUGCUGCUGUUGGGUGAGUAUGAACGCGCACGCCACAUACUUAUACGCUCACAGCGCAUGGAGCCACAAAAUGAUGAUAUAAGUAAAGAGCUGAAGCUGCUGGAACAACGUUAUUCACGUUACAAAGAAAAUGAACGUAGCAUUUGGACGAAAGCCAUGGGCAUAAUAAAGAAAAAUGAAAGCAAUCAAACGAAUAGCAAUAACGAAAAGACGCGUAGCAUUUUUGAAAAAGAAAUGGAGGAACUCAUGAAGGACUUUAAGGAGAGUAUGGAAUUGAAUAAUUUCAAUUUGCCACCCGGCUUAACUAAAGAUGAAAUCAAAACAGUUGAUGAUUUGGCGCAGAGCAUGGAGUUGAAGUUAACACUCUCACCACUUGACAAUACCACCUAUACAUUAAGUAAAGGGACCAAAAAAUAAUUUUCAUUGCAAAAAAAAAAUCAAAUAAAGUAAAUAUAAG